AUGUUGAACGAUCUACCCCCAGAAAUACUCCAUCUAAUUGCACGCGAUCUCGGUAGGAAAGCUCUCUAUCUCCUGGUGUCCACGUCACGUCGACUGCACACCGUUUUCCAGCGAAGCCUCUACACCGACGUGACUCUUUGCGGGAGAGGAAGUGAGGACCAAACAACCAACAUCUUCCUAUAUGCCGUCACCCGGACUCCGAGACUGGCUAGCUAUGUCCGGUCCCUGAAGGUGAACUGCUGGGAAACCGAGAAGGACAACAAUGGAAAACCCGCCCAGAGAUCCGAAGAAGAGAAAUCAAAAUGGUUGGAAGAUCUCGAACGGCAUAACAGUGAUGCUUGGCUGGCUUUGCUUAUUCCGCAAUUGAAGGAAUUGCGGAAACUCCACUUCACCUGGCCAUUCGGCUCGUAUUACGUCGUGGAUAUGUUGCAAAAAGCCGCUAUCGAAACGGAACCGAUAUUUCCUCAUCUUGAGGAAGCCUAUGCAGCUUGGCACGGUUCAGAGAACGCAUUCCCAUCAUACUACAUGAAUGCAUUCUUCAACUUUCCGUCAAUGCGGAAAGUGGGCUGCUAUAUGUUGGCCGAGGAUGAGAAUGACGAUGACGACGAGUUUGAGUCUGAAUCGGAUGACUCCAAACCUCCGAAGCGAGCCACCCUCUCACCACAGUGCUCGAAUAUAACCGACAUCGACCUCCAAGAAAGCAAUGCUGCGGAGGGGAUGCGGGAACGGGUGCAAGCCUGCAAAGCACUGAAGUCAUUCCGGCUUGUCCAUGGUGGAGGGGUGGUCUCUGGGGCUGAUUUUCAGCCGCGGAAAAUUUAUGAAUCGCUUGCGCUCCAGAAAUCGACGCUGGAGUCUAUCUGGGUCGAGGCUUAUGAUGAUAUGGAUACUGAUGACGAGUGGAUGGGCUCUUUUGCUGAUUUUACCGCUUUGAGACUUAUCUGUAUUUCCUUGCCCAACCUUGUUGGAUUUGAUGAGCGCAAGCUACCUCUGCGAAAACUUCGGAAUGUUCUUCCGUCCUCGUUAGAGACAUUAUUUCUUUCUCUCGGUGAGGACGAAAGCUUCGAGAUAGCUAUGGAUCAGUUAGCAGAUUUGGCUACCUCAGAGAGCUUACCUAAAUUGGCUGUGAUAUAUCUUGAAUACUACGAGCUCAGGAAGCGGGAGAAUGUUGCGAGGCUCGCAUGGUUGGAGCAGAGGUGUCAAGAGGCCAGUGUUUUGUGUUUUCCUCAUAGCUCAAAAGGGUGUAUAGAGCAGAAGCAGAUGAUGCGAGUUAUGUGGCCGGAUAACGAAGCUCUUGGCAAGUUUGAAUAUUAG